AAUCGUUUAUUUAUUAAAUAAAUCAUAAUUUAUAACUAUAUACGAUUAUUACAUUAAUUUAUGAUCGGUAAUAAAUUUGAUUGUUUUACAAAGAUUGUUAAAUACUUACCAACACGAGUUGUAAAAGAUUAAAAUAACAGUUUCAAAAGUAAAAUGCGUCAUUGUUGAAUGAUCGCACAAGAACACGAACGUUUUCAAUGACACUUUUUAAUUGAUUAAAUUAAAUGUCAAUAAUACGACCUAUGUAUGUAAUUAAUAAUUGAUAUAAACCCCAUUUAAAAUUAGUUUCAAUAACAAAAAUUUAAAACAUAAUUAGAAACUUAAAAACUUACGUUUUAAAAAGUAUGAUCUAUUAGCUUCUUAUGGGAAUCAAAUUACUGACAGACUGAAUCUUAUUAAUCAUAUAUAUAAAGAGUAUUCUACCGAUUCCCCUUAAUAAUCUUAUCAAAAUUGAAUUUCUUUGCGAAAAUAACUAAUACACACAUUUCUUAUCAAAUAUUUAUAAAUAUCUGCACAAAGGAUCUAUAAAACUAUUAAAAGUAAGAUUUUUGUAAACAUUUAUACCAACUAUAAUAAAAAUGUCUUUAGUAUAUAAACUAAAAGUACUGACCAAGUCCCAAUAGUCUAUAUUUAUAUCUUGCGCAAUAUGUUAAAGUUGUUCCUUCUAUUAACGUCUAUAGCUUGCACUUUGGGUGCUGCUGUGCCUGAGGGUCUAUUGCCUCAAUUGGAUGGUUGUAUUGUGGGAGGUGCUGCUACCACCAUAUCUUCUUUCCCCUGGCAAAUUUCUCUUCAACGUUCUGGAUCUCAUUCCUGUGGUGGUUCUAUCUAUAACAACCAAAUCAUAGUGACUGCUGCUCACUGUUUGCAAUCUGUUUCCACCACGGUGUUGAAAGUAAGAGCUGGUUCUUCUUUCUGGAAUUCUGGCGGUGUUUUGCUGAGUGUUAAUGAAUUUAAGAAUCAUGAGGGUUAUGAUCCCGAGACCAUGAUUAAUGAUAUUGCAGUGAUACGUUUGAGUUCCUCCUUGACUAUGUCUUCCACCAUUAAGCCUAUUGCCUUGGCUUCUUCAGCUCCUGCUAAUGGUGCUGCUGCUACUGUUUCCGGCUGGGGUACUACUGCCUCUGGUUCUGCUUCUUUACCCACAGAAUUACGUUAUGUUGAGGUUAAAAUUCUUAGUCGUACCCAAUGUGCCUCUUCCACUUAUGGUUAUGGUUCGGAUAUUAAGACGAGCAUGAUUUGUGCUUACACUGUGGGUAAGGAUUCUUGUCAAGGUGAUUCGGGUGGUCCCUUAGUUUCGGGUGGUGUGUUGGUAGGUGUUGUUGAAACAUUAUGUGGUUUUAUUACUAAUUUAGGAUCAGAUUUUGGAAAAUAGACUUUUGUAGUUCAUAAUCAGAAAUACAUCAAAACAUAUUGAAUAUUACCAGAAAUGACAGGGAACGUUCAUUAUAAGUAUAUCAUAAUAUCUGCAUCGUUUUUUGAAAAUCCUAAUACUUACAUGUAUGCUUACUUAAUGGUGACCUUUGACCUUUAAUAACAAACUCAACGGAACGUGGAAAUUGUAAAGACAUUGGGCACUUUGUUAAGAACUAUCUUUUCAUUCGGUAUUUUUGAAAAUUUAUUAACAAUCGACCGAAAAAACUACUACUAAUACGAUCGGUAAGAAAUUGAGCUACUGAAUAGUGAAAGAGUAAAAGACCCACUGAUUCCAUACCAUAUUAAUAAGUUGGUUAACACAAACAGCUCUUAUUUACUGAUUAAAAGUCGUGUCAAAAACAAAUUCACACGAUCAUUAUUUAGGUUUUGAUAGAAAUCGACAUUUGUUUACAAUAAAAAUAUAAUGUUUGGGGUAAAAUAGACAUGGUUUUUCCUGAAAUAAUUACUUAGAUUAUGUUUUAUCUCAUGAAAACCCCAAAAUAAUCUAAUCAUAAUUAAUGUCUUACAGCGAUUAUAAUGAUUAAUCAAGAAAACUAAAGAAAUCCUAUAGAGACCAUUCUCUAUAAAAAGUAAUGUUAAUGUCUAGAUAUAACAGUAGUUUGUUAGAUCCCGGUGUCAACAUGUUAAAGUUUAUAGUUCUAUUAUCCGUGAUUGCGUGUGCUUUGGGUGCUGCCGUGCCUGAGGGUUUGCUGCCUCAAUUGGAUGGCCGCAUAGUGGGUGGUAAUCCUGUCUCUAUUAGCUCGUUUCCCUGGCAAAUUUCUCUCCAACGUUCAGGUUCUCAUUCCUGCGGCGGUUCCGUUUAUAGCAACCAAAUCGUAGUGACUGCUGCUCACUGUUUACAAUCGGUUAAUAUCUCUGUUAUGAAAGUUCGUGCUGGUUCUACUUUCUGGAUUUCUGGUGGUGUUUUGCUUAAUGUUGCUGCUUUCAAGAAUCAUGAAAGCUACAAUCCCAAUACCAUGGUUAAUGAUAUUGCCGUAAUACGUUUGAGUUCUCCUUUGACUUUUUCUUCCACCAUUAAGCCUAUUCCUUUGGCUUCUGUGGCUCCAGCUAAUGGUGCUGCUGCUUCUGUUUCGGGUUGGGGUACUACUGCCUCGGGGUCUCCAUCUCUGCCCUCGCAAUUGAGGUCAAUUGAUGUUAAGAUUGUUAGCCGUGCUGAAUGUUCCUCUUCCACUUAUGGUUAUGGCUCUGCCAUUAGAGCCAGUAUGAUUUGUGCCUUUACUAAGGGUAAGGAUUCCUGCCAAGGUGAUUCUGGUGGUCCUAUGGUUUCUGGUGGUCAAUUGGUUGGUGUCGUUUCCUGGGGUUAUGGCUGUGCUUUUGGUAACUAUCCUGGUGUCUAUGCUGAUGUAGCUGCUCUGCGCUCUUGGGUUGUUAGUGCUGCUGAAACUGUUUGAAAAAGAUCUCGAAUAAAAACUUGAACCAAUUUUAAUAAAAAUUUGUUAUUGACUCAGUAUAAAUUGAUUUAUCUAGGGUGGUGAGUUUACUAUAUGAAAUUGGCUUAUCUUAACAUUGUUGCAACAAUUUUUGCGUAAAAUCCCGAAUAGUUAAGAUUGCUAAAAAAGUGAUUUCACUUCCUAUGAACCUAUAGAUUAAAAUUUCCAACAUAAUCUUAUCAAAAUUAUGUUUCUUACUAUAAUAGUAGAAUGUUUAAUAUCAAUGAAGAUUGAUCAUUAUGAAAAAAAAAACUUAAGACGAUAAAGUGUUGAGUAUCAACUAAAAAUAUAUAAAAAGAACUUAUAGUUCAGAAAUACACCAGUAGUUCGUUGGAGAUCACUGAAAA